UUAAACCCCAUACAAGACAAGACUUCUUCAAAAUCCUCACAAUUUUCCAAAAACCCACAGCAGAAAAUCGCAAGCGUUUCAGCAUGGAUCACGCAGCUGCUGCUGAAGAGAGCUUGGUGCACGAGAGGCUGAGGCAGAAGCUCAAUGAGGUCAACGCCGCCGCCGAAUUACACCUCGCCGGUGUAAAAGACCACAUCAAUUUCACCCUGCAGCAAGCGUAUUUCAAGUGUGCGUACGAGUGUUUCGACCGGAGGAAGAACCAGAACGAGAUAGAAAACUGCGUGGAGCAUUGCAGUGUGCCCGUGUUGAAUGCCCAGAAUCUUGUCGAAAACGAAAUGGCUAAAUUUCAGGAAAAACUAAGAAGGUCUCUUACAGUUUGCCAAGACAAAUAUGAGUCAGCCAAGCUCCAGCAGAAUAGCAACUAUUCCAUGAAGGAUUUGGAGUCGUGCGUUGAACUUUCUGUUCAGGACAGCAUCAACAUGAUGCCACAUGUUGCUGGGAAAUUGAAGUCAUAUUUGUCACUCGAAGAUUAAAUCGACUGUUCUUUCAUGUUUUGUUCCUAUAAAAUGCUAUCUUUAAGAAUAUAUUUGUUUUCUAUAUGAUAUCAAGAUAGCACUUGAGUUGUAUAGACUCCCAAGUGACUGGAACUCGGAAUUAAUUUUGCCGCUGGUAGCAUGUAAUGAUUUGAGAUCUAUCUAAUCUUUUGGUAUGUUCAUAAUGUGAAAUGCAUCAAUUGUUGGCAUUAACAUUCACAGGAAAUGAACCAAGAGCGAUUUAAGAUCGUAAAAAAGAAGCAAUUUUGCUAGCCUUUUUAUCUGGAGUUCAGGUGAACUGUUUAGAUAUAAAAAACAGAGCAUAUAUUUAUGCUGAUGCAACAAAAAUAGUAAGGUAAGUUCAAUAUGAAAAUUUUAAGGACUUCAAACUUUUUGAGUCUUAAG